AUGCUCAAGAUUUUCCUCAUCGGACUCCUCUUAAGUCUCAUUCCCUUGCUCCUGAACUAUGCGUCUCGCCGUGAGUACCCCACUCCACCUUCUGGGGGGGCUGCCGUGGUGCUUUCGGGGGCCUCCACGGGUAUAGGGUACGACGCUGCCGUCCAUCUGGCCGACGACUUUGUCGUCUACGCUGGUGUUCGGAAGGAAAAAGACGCCGAAAUGCUCCGGUCUGUGGGCAAGUCUACUCUAGUACCUGUCAUUUUGGACGUGACGUCGCAAGAUUCGAUUGACGAGGCCUACGUAAAGAUCACCGCUGAUGCUGCCGAACGAGGCAUUCCUGUGUGGGGCCUGGUGAACAACGCCGGGAUCAUGACAGCCUCCACGGUGGAGCACCACGAUGUGGCUGGGAUGCAAAAGAUUUACGACGUGAAUGUGUGGGGUGUUUUGCGGUUGACGCAGAAAUUCCUCCCCUUGCUUCGAGCGCAGGCAGGCCGCAUCGUGCAAAUUUCCUCCAUCGCCGGCUUCUUGACCAUCCCACGUGCCUCCGGGUAUUGUUCGAGCAAGCACGCCUUGGAGUCCUUGAGCGACGGUUUGCGUCUGGAGCUGGCGCAUUACAAUGUGUCCGUCACGGUCGUGCAACCCGGUGCGGUCCGGAGCGCUAUCUUCGAGAAGAGUCAGUCUGCCUCCCAAGCCAAAUUGGCGGAGGACCCGCGAGAACUGAAAGUCUACGGGCACAUGAUCAAAGAGGGAUCGACGGACUCGAUCAUGGCGAAGGCCGACACCCCAGACUGCACGACGAAAGCGAUUCGUCAGGCCUUGAUGGACCGGUAUCCGAAGACACGGGAGGUGGUGGCGAAUAUCGAUGGCUUGCCUGCCAUCUUCGCCCACUACAUGAAGCACAUGCUGCCAGACAGGGUACUGGACAAAAUGCUCUUGUCCACGUUUGCAUGA